GUCCUGCUGUGCCACCAUUUGCGGCUGUCAGUCACCGGCUCCCGGCCAGUAAUUACUUGCUGGCGCGCAGAGAUUUUCAACGAUCACCAACAGGGAGGAGGGCUGUUUUGUUUACUAACAGUUUUCCUCUGUGUCAGCUCGGGCACAUUGCUCUGGAUGGCUAGCAGUGUGAUUACAGUGAAACACACACACCGCCCCCUAGUAAAACACUCCCUGCACACUGUUAACUCUUUGAUCACCCCUCAUGUUAACCCCUUCCUGCCCAGUGCCAUUAGUACAGUGCCAGUGCUUUUUCUUAGCACUGAUCACUGUAUUGGUGUCACUGGGGAUGUCAGUGACACCAAGUCAGUUCCCCCCCAGUGUCAGAAUGUCUGCCGCAGUCCCGCUAUAAGUCAC